GGGGUCGCACUUCCGGUGAGCGGGAAGAACCAAUCUUUGGGGCCUACGAGUAGGCCGCGGCCCCUCGGGGACGGCCGACAUGGACGGGAAUGACUUUGGGGAGAUGUCAUCUCCAGCCGUGCGGGACGCGGAGGUGACGAGGACGGCCCGCAGACAAGGCGCCCAGAAACGUGUUUCUAUUCUGACAUCCCAGGAUGAUGCCCUAUCCACCGCCACACCAAGAGGCCAUCUCCCUCGAACCCCUGCUUCUUUCCGGCAGCCUUUUACUCCACACAACAGGAGUUCACUUAGGCAGCCAGAUGUUUCCGCUAUCCUCGGAACAGGAGGGAGGUCCCCGCGAACCAUACAGUCUCCAGGGUUUUGGGGAAAUAUGUCCAUGGUUACCAGUCUAGAGGACAGCAAUUGGACCGCUGCAUUCUCACCCCAACGGACGGGACUUUUUGCAAACCUAGAGCAACCAGCCAGUCUGGAAGAUGUCACCAUCAGCGCCGUCAUGCUCCGGGAAGAUGACCCGGGGGAAGCAGCAACCAUGAGUAUGUUCACAGACUUUCUACAAUCCUUUUUGAAACACUCUUCAACGACCGUCUUUGACCUUGUCGAAGAGUAUGAGAACAUUUGCGAUAACCAGGUGAAUAUACUAGGAAAAAUCGUGUCUCGGGCCACCCCUGGACAGAAGAAGUUUUCUAAAACGGCCAGCAUCCUGUGGCUUCUCCAACAGGAGAUGGUUACGUGGAGACUCCUGGCAUCUCUUUACAGAGAUAGAAUACAGUCUGCCCUGGAAGAUGAAAAUAUGUUUGACAUUGCAGUGCUUAAUGCCAGCGAAAAGACAGUUGUGGAGACCUUGUUUCAAAGAGAUUCACUCGUUCGACAGAGCCAGCUGGUGGUAGACUGGUUAGAGAGCAUUGCGAAGGAUGACAUUGGAGACUUCUCUGGCAAUAUUGAAUUUUACGCAAAAACAGUAUAUUGGGAAAACACUCUGCAUACUUUGAAACAAAGGCAGCUCACCUCGUAUAUUGGAAGUGUCCGUCCUCUUGUAACUGAGUUGGAUCCAGAUGCUCCCAUAAGGCAGAAAAUGCCACUUGACGAUUUGGAUCGGGAAGACGACAUCCGACUACUCAAAUACCUCUUCACCCUUAUCCGGGCAGGAAUGACAGAUGAGGCGCAGCGCCUCUGCAAACGCUGCGGGCAAGCGUGGAGAGCCGCAACGCUCGAGGGGUGGAAACUCUAUCACGAUCCUAACAUCGGUGGAGGAACAGAAUUGGAACCAGUGGAAGGGAAUCCCUAUAGAUGCAUUUGGAAAAUGAGUUGUUGGAGAAUGGCGGAAGAUGAGCAGUUCAAUAGAUACGAGCGAGCGAUCUAUGCAGCCCUCAGUGGGAAUCUUAAGCAGCUCCUUCCUGUGUGUGAAACCUGGGAAGACACCGUCUGGGCUCACUUCCGAGUCAUGGUGGACAGUCUGGUGGAACAGGAAGUCCGGACGUCAGUGAUGUCAGCGGAUGACACCGAGGAGCUCCCGAGAGAAUAUCUGGAAGCCAACUGGACUUUAGAAAAGGUCUUUGAAGAACUCCAGGCUACCGAUAAAAAGAGAGUGCUGGAGGAAAAUCAGGAACAUUAUCACAUCAUUCAGAAGUUCCUCAUCUUGAGUGACGUGGACGGCUUGAUGGAUGAAUUUAACAAAUGGCUUACCAGGGGACGACACAUUCUCCCGGGACAUCUCCUCCGCUUUAUGACUCAUCUCAUUCUGUUCUUCCGCACCCUGGGACUUGAGACAAAAGAGGAAGUUUCCGUUGAAGUCCUGAAGACCUACAUUCAGCUGUUAGUGUAUGAAAAACACACAAGCCUCAUAGCAUUUUACACCUGCCAUCUGCCUCAAGACCAGGCCGUUGCCCAGUACGCGCUGUUUUUAGAAGGCGUCACCGAAUUAGAACAACGUCAUCACUGCCUGGAGCUGGCGAAAGAAGCGGGUUUGGACGUCGCCACCAUAACAAAGACCGUCGUCGAGAAUAUCCGCAAGAAGGACACCGGCGAUUUCAGUCACCACGACCUCGCCCCAGCCCUCGACACGGGCACGACCGAGGAGGACCGCUUGAAGAUCGACGUGAUCGACUGGUUGGUGUUCGAUCCCGCCCAGAGGGCCGAAGCGCUGAAGCAAGGCAACGCUAUCAUGAGAAAAUUCUUGGCUUCCAAGAAGCAUGAAGCUGCGAAGGAAGUGUUUGUGAAAAUCCCUCAAGACUCCAUAGCGGAAAUCUACAAUCAGUGGGAAGAGCAAGGAAUGGAGAGUCCACUGCCAGCUGAGGAUGACAAUGCUAUCCGAGAACAUUUGUGCAUUAGAGCCUAUUUGGAAGCCCAUGAAACCUUCAACGAAUGGUUCAAGCACAUGAAUUCAGCUCCACAGAAACCUACGUUGGUACCACAGGCGUCCUUCACCGAGAAAGUGGCUCAUGAACAUAAAGAAAAGAAGUACGAAAUGGACUAUGGUAUUUGGAAAGGACACUUGGAUGCCCUGACAGCCGACGUGAAAGAGAAAAUGUACAACGUCUUGCUGUUUGUCGAUGGAGGCUGGAUGGUGGAUGUCAGAGAGGAUGCCGAGGAAGACCCCGAGCGGGCCCAUCAGAUGCUGUUGCUGAGGAGACUGUGCCUGCCCAUGAUGGGCUUCCUGCUGCACACGGUGUUGCACCGCACCGGGCAGCACCAGGCCUGCCUGCGCCUCGCCGAUAUGGUGGCUUCGGAGCGACAUAAGCUGUAUUUGGUGUUUUCUAAAGAGGAACUGAGAAGGUUGUUGCAGAAGCUGAGGGAAUCGUCUCUUAUGCUCCUAGACCAGGGAUUUGAUCCACUGGGAUAUGAAAUUCAGUCGUAAUUUUUCCUCUGGGGAUACUGCCAAGUUCUGAGUGACCCCCUCGAGCAGGCGUGGGGAAAUCGGCGCUCUUUGUAAAGUAUCCUUAUUGGUGAAUUCCUUUGGAUUCUUGAAAAACGGUAUCCUGUGG